AUGAUUCUUGAGCAAGAAGAAGUUCAUCACUUGGUUACCGUGAAGGAGUUUCGGCUUUAUAUGUUUCCAUUAGAUGAGGAUGUGAUAUCAUUUGAGCUUGACCUCUCUGAAAAAGAUUGCCUUGUCGAUGGUGAUGUUAGUUCACUUUGGCAUGUUGCAAAAGCAAUACAUGAGCUCGAGGUGGGAAGGCCUGAAAUAGAUACACUCAUUAUGUUGGAUAGAGAGGUUGACAUGGUUACACCAAUGUGUACCCAAUUAACUUAUGAGGGACUGUUAAACGAGACACUUGUUGAGGCAGAAAGUUAUGACAUAACGGAAUUACUCCACAGUUAUGGGUUUGAGCAUGUUGCCACAUUGAACAACUUGGAAAAAACAGGAUUGUUUAAGAAACAGGAGUUUAAAAGCAACUGGCAGACAGUGAAACGUAAAUUGAAACUUAUAGUUGAAGACACAGAUACGUCAAGGCCGGAUGAUAUUGCUUAUGUCUAUUCUGGAUAUGCUCCUCUAUUCAUUCCGGAUGGUUAG